AUGGGUGAUUCGAAUAACCCGUUCAUCAACCUGGACUACCAGGUGAAUAGCAGUCAUGUGUACACCAAGCUAGCACCCGAGCAAUUGAACCCCCACCCCUACAAAACCUUGAAUCGGUUACUUGAUGAUAUCAAGUGGUGCCUACCCUUCCGAUUACGUUGUGCCACCAGAAGCAUAUUGCAUGAACGGCCAUUUGAGUACGCCCACGAGUUGGCCACGUUGGUUCGCUCCACGCGUACGGCGCCUUCUGUGUUGUUGUUGAACAACGAGCUUCCGUUUUUCAAGAGUCGAGAAGUCUCCCAGUUGAAUGACAAUCAUGAGAACCAAACCUUGACCCUGAUCCGGGGACUAAUUAUGAUCGACGGGAAGGAACCCAACCAUUUCCGCAUACAGGUAUUGGAGAACAAAAGUCCAUUCUUUGAUUCCAAUUCGAGUGUCAGCAAGUACGAGUAUCACGUUAUUGAUAAACUGCUCCUCUCCUCGGAUGACUUGAAACAAUUCGAAGCAUCAGAUUUUCCUUCUGUCUCCGCCAAUCUUGUCGACGAAGUGUACGUUUCCACUUCCAAUGAGACACCCAACCACAUGCUAAGAAUUAGUAUUUUCACUAGUGAAUUCCCCCAUUCGGCAGUGCAGUCCAUAUCUGAUUCUGCCACCAUAAAAGAGAGAUACUUGAAUGAAACCAAAAACAAUCCAAACUUGAACCCAGAAACCAUUCCCAAUGGACUUCAGUGCAUACAGAAACUACUUAAUGUUUUGAAGGGGCCACUUUUGUUGGACUCUGCCAAUGAAGUUAAGACCAUCGAUUUGUCAAACACUUCCUUGGCGUCCAUGGUCGAUAUUGAUCUACUUUUGAGUGAUUUUGGCUUUACCAAGAAUGAAUCUAUUCUUGUCCCUCCCAAGUUGAGCGACUUCCCUAGUAUCAGAGAAAGUUAUCUCAGAAAAGUGGUGGAAUUGAUCUGUCUUGGAAAGCAGAUGAAUGUGCAUCCAAAUGACUUUAACUCCAACUACUCGUUCAGCGAUAGUUUGUCGUUGAUUUUCAGCACCUUCAACGAGUUUGACAAGCAAUUGUCCCAGACUUUCAGCAUGCACGACAAGUCUAGCGAGAAUUCUUCAUGGAUAAGCUUGAGUUGCUGUAGUUUUUUCCAGGACGAGUUGAUCAUAAAAUGCUUUGAGAAUACCAUCGCCUCGGAUCCUUCCAAUCUGAUUUUCUACGUGGACCAUCUUCAUAACAUCAUAGCCAUGAGGAAUAAGGGUAACUCGAAGUUGAGGCUGUAUGUGAAUAGUAAUGCCCGUAAAGGGCGUUUACUUGGGUUCUCAGAUUAUACAAGAGCUUUGGCCGAUAUUGGAAUUGUGGGAGUUGAUGGAAGUCCCCUGGAGCUUUUGAGCAUUGACGAUGACUAUAUCAUCUCAGUUUAUGAGUCGAGUGUUAAGCAGGACUUCAGAAACUACUCCUUUUUCAAUCGAAGCUUAGAAAAGAUCGCCUUUGUCAAGAAUUCGGACGUGUUGAAAGAGUUUUUAAAUGACGAGUUAUUGCCUGUUGAUUUGGCGAUCCCUGAGCUUGGAAUUGAAGAAAUCACUGAAGAUGAUGUUGUUAUCACUGCCUAUGAGUUUAAGUCGGAGGAGAUCUCCGACUCGGGGGAGUUAUUGACUUUGAAAAAAGCCUUGCAGUCGAUAUCCAUUAACAGAAAGAGCUUUAUAUUGAUGAAUUAUAUUGAAAGCAACUUGCCUGAGUUAUUGGGCAAAUAUGGCCAGGACUUCCCCAUCAAUGAAGCUUUGGAUAUCAUGGAGUCAACUCCGAGUACUAAUGAGUUUGAGCUCAUCAAUAAAUUUCAAGCAAAGCUAAUGAGCUCCGAUAUUAGAGUUUUAAGACGAGCCCUAAAGUCUAUAAACAACUACAGGAAGUCUAAGAUCAUUGAACAGUUCUUGAGAACAGGUAAGUUGGAUCCGUCCUUACUCCCUGUAGAAAACUGGCCAGCCGGUUUGGAUAAUAUCGGUAAUACCUGUUACUUGAACUCAUUAUUGCAAUACUACUUUUCGAUAAAACCUCUUAGAGAUAUGGUUCUAGAGUUUGAAGAGCAUGAUCUCAACUUCAUGGAGGGCCUGGAAAGAAAAAUAGGGGGUCGUAAGAUCGAUGUCAACGAGACCAAGAGAGCCAGUCAGUUCAUCUACCACUUACAGGCAUUGUUCCACGAGAUGAUCAACACAAAUAAGCGAUGUGUUCAGCCCAGCAAAGGUUUAGCCUUCUUAUCGUUCCUCCCGGCAUCUCAGCCCGUGAAUUUUUCAAGUCCAUUGAAGGACAAGAACCAGCACUUGGUAGAUGGAGGACAUGAGACCAAUCCCAUCUUAAUUGAUUCGGACAACGAUGAUGUCGACGACAUGGUAAUUGAUGCCACCAAUAAUAGCAGGGACAAGACCGCUUCCCUUGAAGAAAUCCAAAAUCCUUUUUCCAGUGAUAAUGAUCCUAUGACUGUUGAAGAUGUUCUUGACGGAUUCAGCUCAUCGAGCUCUCCUGCCACUGGUGGUGAUGAAAGUGAGGUUGAAGCCAAAGUCAGAAUUUUACCUAUCAACACUGAGGAUUUAGAAAGUACCAUUGAAAUUGGUAGGCAACAGGACGUUACAGAAUGUAUUGAAAAUGUUAACUUUCAGAUUGAAACCGCAUUGGAUCCCGAGGUGAUUGAAGCUGAUGGGGAACAAUAUGACUUGAUCAAAAAGCUCUUUUAUGGAAAGACCAAGCAGACCAUUACUCCAAUAGAUGGAGAGAGCAAAAGCAGAACAUCGGUAGAAAGAUUCUCGAGUUUGAUCAUCAACAUAAGUGACCAUCCCAAGAACAUAUAUGAUGCAUUAGACAAUUACUUUAACGCAGAUAUUGUCAACCUCGAAGAAGGGUUGGUUAAGAAGUCCUUGACUAUUAUUAAAUUACCUGAUAUACUCCAGUUUCAAGUACAAAGAGUUCUUUUUGAUAGAGAAAGGUUAAUGGCUUACAAGUCCAUCGAGCCCAUCCCGUUCAGUGAAAAGCUCUACAUGGACCGGUACCUUGAGACCGAAGAUAAGGAUAUCCUCGAUAAGAGAGAAGAGGUAUUUCAGUGGAAAUCAGAGAUAUCCCAGCUUCAAAAUCAAAAACACGACAUCUUGCACGUGGAUGAGACUUCCAAGAUGAACGUUAUUGACUCUUUGAUAACGACCAAGAAGUAUCUCCAAAGCAUCAAAGACACCGAAUCCUUUGGCAUUGAUACAGACCUUAUCGAGUAUAUACAAACUCAGAUCACCUCAUUGAAUGAGAAGGUGGUCGCAAUCAAUACUUCGAUUGAACAACUUGAAUCCAAUAUCUCCAGCCAGUUCAAUGACUACCAACAGAUCGCAUACUCCAUCUUUGCAGUGUUUAUACACCGCGGAGAGGCCAGUUAUGGGCACUAUUGGAUCUAUAUCAAAGAUCCUCACCAGCAUAAUAUUUACAGAAAGUACAACGAUGAGAUUGUGACUGAGGUCCCUGAGUCCGAAGUGUUUAACUUUAUCCAGGGAAACACUGCUACGCCAUACUACAUUGCGUAUGUGAAAGAGGGUCUUGAACAUGAAUAUGUGGAGCCGCUUAAGAGAGUUGUCAAGUGUUGA